CGCUAACUUUGCUCGUUUUAUAGUCAAGUUUUACUUGCUGCGUUUAUACAAGUUUUUUUUUAAGUUUUUUUAAUAAAGUUAUGAAGAUGUGGAUUUUUUAUGUUACUUUUAUUGUUUUCAUAACUAUUGCUUGUGGAAACAAUAUUGAAAGUUUUCUUAAUAAAUGUAUUUCAUCCAAAUAUCACAAAGCUAAACCUAGUUAUGAAGGUAGACCUUUAAAUGGUAAACAUUGUCAAUAUUGGAAUAACAACUCAUGUUGUACGUGGAAUACUACUUCAAAAAUUGAGCAAGAUGGUCAUUUAUCAUUACAUGGUAUUAUAUGGGAUCAAUGUCCCCAAAAAAAUAUGUCAGAAAAAUGCUGGCAACACUUUAUGCAAGAUACUUGUUUUUAUGAAUGUUCUCCAAACUUAGGACCUUGGAUUCAAGUAGAUACAAAAUCAAAGAAAACAAGAAAAGAACGUAUUCUUAAUGUACCUUUAUGUGCUUCUGACUGCGAUAAGUGGUAUGAUGAUUGUUUCGACGAUUAUACUUGUAAUGAUAAUUGGGAAACAGAUUGGAAUUGGUCAAUGAAAGGUACCAUAAAUAUGUGCCCAAAAGAAUGCAAAAAAUUUGGAGACUAUUUUAAAAGCUCUAAAGAUUUUUGUGAAAAACUUUUUAACUACUCUUUUAAGUAUGAGAAGAAUAAGGAUAAAUGUAUGCGAUUGGCACCUGAAGGUGAUUACAACAAUCUUGUUGCAUUAAAAGAAGCUGAGCGUUUAGCAAAAGAAAAUAAUGCAAUAGUACAAAAAACCAACAUUAUUUAUAUUAUCAUUACCUCUGUAUUCGCAUGUAUGCUCAUAAAAACAUAAUGGUUAAACUAAUGUAAAAUUGAUUAAAGUAAAACAUUUGUAAUAUCUAGAAAAUGUUUUUUCUUAUGUUUUA